GAGCAGAGCUCAGCUAGCAGUUAGCACGGUUAGCUUGACAGGGGAAAGCAAAGCGUCAACGGGAACGAAACCGACCAUUGUACCAAAUCGCUUCUGUUACACGAAGGGAGGGAUAUAUCGGCAGUGGCAGUGUCGACUUUGAUAAGCAGGCUUAGCUGCGAGGCUCGCUAUCGGAGAAUAUUGAGCUGUCGAUGCGCUAAAAAGUGUUGUUUUCUGACGGUUUACAGGAUCUGUUAGCCUGUUAGCCUAGCUAGCGCUCCCAACUGAGGCAGAAGAAAAGUCCCACUUUUGAUCUUUUCUACCGCAGGAUCAUCGCCCAGCUGUGGCACAAUGACGUCAAGGAAGAAGGUUCUACUCAAAGUCAUCAUCCUCGGAGACUCCGGAGUUGGGAAGACCUCGUUGAUGAACCAGUAUGUGAAUAAGAAGUUCAGUAACCAGUACAAAGCCACAAUAGGCGCUGAUUUCCUGACGAAAGAAGUCAUGGUGGAUGACAGACUCGUCACAAUGCAGAUUUGGGACACAGCCGGUCAGGAGAGGUUCCAGUCUUUAGGCGUAGCGUUUUACCGCGGAGCCGACUGCUGCGUCCUGGUGUUCGACGUCACGGCACCGAACACCUUCAAGACCCUGGACAGCUGGAGGGACGAGUUCCUGAUCCAGGCCAGCCCCCGAGACCCCGAGAACUUCCCCUUCGUGGUGCUGGGCAACAAGAUCGACUUGGAGAACAGACAGGUAACCACCAAGCGAGCACAGGCGUGGUGUCAAAGCAAGAACAACAUCCCAUAUUUUGAAACAAGCGCCAAGGAAGCGAUCAACGUGGAGCAAGCCUUCCAGACUAUUGCACGCAACGCCCUUAAACAGGAGACCGAAGUGGAGUUGUACAACGAGUUCCCCGAGCCGAUAAAGCUGGACAGGAACGAGCGAGCCAAGCCGUCAGCGGAGACCUGCAGCUGCUGAGGACUCUGAAGAUCUCCAGGGGUUUGGGGGGGGGGUCGUCUCCGCCCUCACUGCCCUGUCUUGCCUUGUCUAUAUAUCCCUUAUCCCAUGGGCCACUGUGUUUAACCCUAAUGCCCAACAAACAAGCAGCAUCCCACUCAUUGAGUAUACUACACACACAGACAUGCUGCAUUCACCUCCUUAUGUAUACAAAACACACAUUUUCUAUAAAAUAUCAGUCUCCUAGCCCAAAGAACACCCUGAGGAAACAUCAUGGAGUUUACUUGUAUGAUGCUUAUUACUUCCCAGUUUUCCCCCCAUGUACUUUUCCAUGGUGGUGGUGGUUCGGGGUAACCUCAUUUUCGGUUCCAUGUAUAUCGCUGCUUUCACGCCCAGUUUUGGUUCUAACUGCUUUUAUUUGGUCAAUCGAAGCAUUAUAUCUACAUAUUUGUGUUGAUGAGUAAAAUUAGAAAACUAAUGUUUAGUUCUUGUUUUUUUUUCAUCAGUUUCUUAAACAGUUUUUUCUACUUUCACUGCUGCAUGAAUAGAGGAAAACACUGCUCCCCCAUUUUA